GUUGAAUCAAAACCAUCGACUACCACUGCCUGACGCGGUGCUCCACUUGUUGGUUUUCGCUUCCAUUCGUUUGGUGCCAAAGUUUUGAUUUUUCAGAGGGCAUUUGGGUAAUAGUUUUGAUUUUUAAUUUUUGCUCAUUGAAUUAGACUUGUAUUACCUGAAAUAAGUCACUCAAUAGAUUGAAUCGGAGAUAUGAACACUGCUGAUUGGGAUCAAGAACUGAGAAAGUAUCAAGAUGUAAUAGCUUCAGGUACCAAGAGUAUGAAAAUAAAGGCCAUGAUGAUGCUGGCACGUUUUUCUAAGGAUGCCCCUGAGUAUGUUUUAGCUCGCACCAUACCCAUUCUCACUGAGAUUCUUGGUCACAAUGUUUCAAACGAUUCUGGUCCUACACUUCAAGAGGCUGCUGCUUAUUGCUUGAAGUGCAUUGCUUGCAGGGGUGAGGGUGCGUUGGCCGUUGAAAUUGGUGGACACGGUGCCCCUCAUUCUUUGAUGAGGUUGUUGCCUCACUCUGAUGAAAGGAUGCAGAAGGUUCUGAUAAAGUGUUUGCUCGUUAUUGUUUGUUUUUGUAAUGCAACUAGGACAGUUGUUGCCACCAAUGGUGGGGUGGAAUUGAUCUUUGGUUUGUUGAGUUCUUGCACCAAUGAUACUAAGAGGUAUUUGUUGGAGAUUUUGAGUGUGUUAGCAUUGAGGAGGGAUGUUAGGAAGGCUCUCACUAGACUAAGAGCUCUACAUUAUGUUGUGGAGGCUGCUAGUUUUGGGAGCAUGGUGUCUAGGGAAAGGGCUUGUCAAGCAAUUGGGUUGCUUGGAGUCACCAGACAGACUCGGCGUAUGCUUGUUGAAUUGGGAGCAAUUCCAGUGCUUGUGUCCUUGUUUCGUGAAGGAGAACACUCCACAAAGCUUGUUGCUGGCAAUUCUCUUGGUGUGAUAUCUGCUCAUGUUGAUUACAUAAGGCCGGUUGCUCAAGCUGGGGCUAUUCCCCUUUAUGCUGAGCUUCUUGAAGGACCUGAUCCCUCUGGGAAAGAGAUAGCUGAGGAUGUUUUUUGUAUAUUGGCUGUAGCUGAGGCUAAUGCUGUUGAAAUUGCUGGGCACUUGGUGAGGAUUCUGAGAGAAGGUAAUGAUGAGGCGAAGGCUUCUGCGGCGGAUGUGAUGUGGGAUCUGUCGGGUUACAAGCAUUCAAUGUCUGUAGUACGGGAUUCAGGUGCGAUUCCUCUUCUUGUUGAGCUUUUGGAGACUGGGAGUGAAGAUGUGAAGGUGAAUGUUUCUGGGGCAUUUGCUCAACUGAGCUAUGAUGGAACUGAUAGAAUGUCACUUGCUGAAGCAGGGGCGAUUCCAAUUCUCAUAGACUUGAUGAAUGAUGUUGAUGAGGUUGAGGAACUAAGGGAUAAUGCUACGGAGGCUCUUGUAAAUUUUUAUGAAGAUCCAUUGUAUCAUGAUAGAGUGUCGGAUGCAAUUAAUGUUUCUUCCUUCAGAAAUAUGCAGAAUAGGUUAGUUCAUAUUCGGGCAUCGAAUGAGCACAUGGCUAGAUCCUUGAGAAGAAUGAGUGUUGAGCAGCUCACAUGGAACCCAGAUCUUGUCUAAUCAGUUUGAGGGUAUCUUUUUCAUCUCAAAGCCUGUGCAGAAUAGGCUUCUCUCUCUUAAGUUUUAGGACAAAACUUUGAUGCGAAUGCUGUUUGUGCGGUUGUCAAAUCAGAAUUGGAGUUUCAUUAAUUGUCAUCGCAUGUUAGUGAGGUGUAACUUAUCUCAUUACAGAACACCUCCAAUGGUCAGUACCUAAGUUUUUAUCAGUUUUACACCCUAGAAUAGAUGUAUGUUGUGAUGAGAAUUGGGAGAAACUAGACAGAGAUCUUGAUAUUUGUGGUGUAUAUUUGUUGAAUUUUAAAGACAAAUAUAAAUUAGUGAGUAGAUAGAGUUCUACUUGUUGCAAAA